AUGGAAAGGCCGAAGACACAGAAGGACAUUCAAAGCCUUACCGGACGUGUUACAGCCUUAACACGGUUCAUUUCGAAGGCCACCGAUAGAUGUCCACUGUUCUUCAAAGCCUUGAAAGGAGGCAAGCAGAAUAUCACAUGGACGGCCAAAUGCGACCAGACAUUUCAAGACCUAAAGAACUAA